CUGUCAGUAAUCGCCGUGGAUUUAGACGUCACUUCCGGGGGAGCGAGGAGCUCGUUACACGUGCUGGAAUCAUGGACGUGAUGUCGGAGGAUGUCAGGCAAUUCCUGCGGCUACAUCCAAACCUGCAGCUCAUACCGGAGAGCAACAAGGUCCGUUUUGCCUUAACAGGGCAUGAACUUCCAUGUCGGCUCCGUGACUUGCAGAGCUUCACAGAAGGAAAGAAAUAUAAACAGCUAUCAAAAAUGUCUACAUCCUUCGAUUACAGCACGUUUGAGCCGCAUAUUGUCCCCAGCACUAAGAACGAACAACAGCUGUUUUGCAAGCUGACACUUCGUCAUAUCAACAGACUCCCAGAGCACGUUCAGAGACAUGUACAGGGAAAGCGAUACCUAAAAGCUCUGAGCAAAUAUGAGGAAUGUCAGAAACAAGGUGUGCCGUAUGUUCCUGCCUGCCUUCGAAACAAGAAGAGCCAGCGCCACUCUGGGGGUGAACAGCCAGCGGUGAAGAAAGGACAAUUGUGGGAGCACGACAACAGCGAUUCUGAGGACAGUGACUCGGGGGACAGUAUGAGUGACCUCUACCCAGCCCAUAUAUUUACAAAGAAAAACCAAGAGGGCGAGGAAAAUGGCAAAAGCCAAUCAACUAGCGACGAUGAGAUGGAAGUGGAAGGGAAUUCGCACAAUAAUCAAUGUAAACGAUCCCAGCCGCAGUCUGGACCUUCGCGGAAGAAGCUAAAGUCUCAUCACAAGAAAUCUAAAAACUUUAAGAAGUCCACCAAAAAGUGACCUCCUCGUCUUCCUCACCCUUCUCAUCAUCCUCCUCACUCUCCUCAUCCCUUGCAGCAUGAAGUUUAGUUUGUUAUGAUAAAUAUUUUGUGGAUAACUGAACAAUAAAAUUGUAUUAUUCUUUUU